ACUUCCACCCAACUGAGUGAUGGCCGCCGUUGUGUGUGUUAGCACCGCUGGCAGAGAUGAAAACACAGACACCGAGCCUGGUUUCUCCCCUCGUCCACUUAAUGGAAGUUAUGACCUCGCUGCGGAACAAGAAGACUGGAUUUCUGGAGGCCGUCGGUAUUCCGAACAUUCCUCCGGCGGUGAAGAGGACGCGACACCCGGACCCACGAAGUGUCAGCGAAGGGUCGAGGACUGGAUACCACUGAGCCACGAAGAGAUUGAGAGCCGCUUGGAGAGAACUCGCCGGGAGUUUUACAAUCGCAGAAAAAUAAUAAUAAAAAAUUUACCCUCUGACGUUAGUAAUCAGGAGAUUCACGAGAUGUUGGGAAGCUACGACUUGAAGUACUGCUUUGUUGACAAAUACAAGGGCACAGCAUUUGUGACUCUGCUCAACGGGGAACAAGCCCAGCGCGCCAUCAAAGAGUUCCACCAGCAUGCUCUUCGGGACAGGGAGAUCUCAGUGCAGCUGCAGCCGACCGACACUCUGCUGUGCAUCGCCAACCUGCCCCGGGCCUUUACUCAGCAGCAGUUCGAGGAGUUGGUGCGACCCUUUGGCAACCUUGAGCGCUGCUUUCUGGUUUACGGCGCCUCCACGGGGCUUUCCAAAGGCUACGGCUUUGUGGAGUACAUGAAGAAGGACUCGGCGGCCAGGGCCAAGUCGGAGCUACUGGGCAAGCAGCUGGGCUCCCGCAUGCUGUACGUCCACUGGACUGAAGUGGGCUCGCUCACAUACCCACUGCUGCACUCCAAAUGUCUGUGCGUGGACCGCCUGCCCCUGAGCCUUUUGACGGCCCAGGAUCUCCGCAAUUCCCUGUCUGACACCCACAUGCCAGUCUUCUGCCAGCUGGCUCAGGGACAAGAUGGAAGUUUCCGGCGCUUCGCUGUGCUGGAGUUUUCCACAGCCGAGAUGGCCGAGGAGGCACAGAGACUCGCAGAUGGCAGGCUGCUGGGCGGGAUGCACAUCAGGGUGUCCUUCUGUGCCCCCGGUCCUCCUGGAAGAAGCAUGUUGGCUGCUUUGAUUGCUGCACAAACCAUGGCCUUAAACCGAGGCAAAGGUCUCCUCCCUGAUCCCACAGUGCUGCAGAUACUCACAGGCCUUAAUAACCCUGCCACCCUCAAGAUGCUGCUCAACCCUCUGUCACAGGGACACAAGCAAGGGAUCCUUGGAGCAGCUCCUGCAUUGCCGCUGCUGGCCAACCCCUCUCUCUCAGCUGCCCUGCUGCAGGUGCUCCUUCAGAACCAGGCCAAAGCCCAGCAGCAAGCUUUUCUGGGGAAUCCUCUUCUUUGGGCUCAGGUGCUGCACAGUAAAGAAAACCCUCUUCUCCCUUGUGCAGGACUCAUUGGGGACAAUCCUUUGGCUGCUCUGCCCGUCCAGCAGGGAGUCCAUCUGCUGGGAGAUGCCCCUCAAGGUGGCGCAGUCCCAGCACUGAGUCUUCAGUCAGAUCCUCUGGCACCCCUAAAGCCAAUGUCACUUGGCAGGGCCAUGUCACGAGAGCAGGAUUCCCCCACAUCAUCAAGCAGCUACUCCCAGACCUCCCCUCCCACACUACCAGGCGUUUCCUUUCCCGUGAUGGGAGGCAUGAUGGGUGCCGAUGGCCUCGCAGCACAAGGGGUGCGUUUUCUGAGUGAACCUCCAAAAGAUAUGAACCUUCCUCAGAGCGCCUUCCUCAAUAUCAACCAUGCGUUUUCCUCAGGAGCAAGCUGCAGACCUCACCCCUACAGGAAAAGGCCCACUCUAAGUAAUGUGUCCAACCAGUACGCACAUCAGAACCUCCAGCCGAGUUUUAAUCUGCGCUACCAGGAUUCUUGCAGCCCUGAAUAUCCUCUGCACCGGGAUGUCCUGGCCCACUUGUACGAACAGCAAGAGAAUGUUGAUACUGGAGUCUCGGCAGGAUUCAGCCAGCAGCUCUCUCAUCACCUUGACUACAACGAGCGGUUUUCCCACUACACUUACUCCUCCAGUCCACCCCCCACCUCAUACUACAGCUCGGAGCCUGAAGUUUCCAGUGGCAACAACCUCAACAGGGCUGUGGGAAUGCCUCCCGGAAGCCAUCUUGCCAACUGCUCCUCAGGACUGGGGAACGUUAUGAAGACGCCGAUCGGAAGCCACAAACGCAUGUUCUCACGCCUGAUCCCAUCUCCAGAGCCGAGCCCCGAGGGGGGCUACGUGGGCCAGCACUCCCAAGGCCUAGGCGGUCACUACGCGGACUCCUACCUGAAGCGUAAGCGCAUCUUCUGA